AUGCACGCGCUAGCAAGCGCUCUCAAGUAUAACAUGCUCGUGACGGAAGUCUGUCUGCAUAGCCCAACUACCAGGAUGAAGGAGGGGAAGGAGCUCUGGACGGCCGUCGCCUCCUGCCCUUCACUCUCCAAGCUCUCCGUUCACUUUGCCCUCCUCGGCCCUCAGCCUUGCUCCAUCCUCGCUCAGCUGGUUUCCAGGAGGGCGUGUGCCCUGCAGGAGCUCAGCUUGAACAACACCAACAUCGGGGGCCGAGGCAUGCGCAUGCUCGCAGCUGGGCUGGAGGUCAACUCCAGUAUCCAGGUGCUGUCCCUGCAGAAUUGCUCCAUCGGAGAGGAGGGAGGAACGAGCCUUGCUGGCGUGCUGGGGAAACAUCCAACGAUGCGCGAGGUCGACUUGUCCUGGAACUCGCUAGGACCCAACGGGUCGGCGAUGAUCCUGCAUGCACUAGGGGGA